AUGUAUUAUAUCCUUUACUUGACGAGCCUCUGCCGCCGUCGCCACUGGCCCGAACCAACCUACAACUACUACAUGAACGCCGCAGGAUCAGGCUACACGUGCGUGGUGCGCGUCAACAACCGCGAAUAUCAAACAGACACAGACUAUGCAUCCGAGACACUGGCACAGGAAAGCGCCGCCAUGCGUGCGUACCUGAUCUGUCGCAAUUUCUCCGUUAACGAUGGUAUGUAUCCGGCGGGCCAUGACCAUGGCGGGGUUGUGCAGGGAAUUCCUGUUGCUAUUGGGACUGGGAGGAAGAUUGGGGGGUAUCCUGUGCAUGAUCAUGAUCUUGAUGGGUCUAGGUCUGGGUCGUCUGGUGGUGGGUCGGUUUGUGGGAGUCGGAGUGGGGGGAGUAGUCCUGUUAGGGUUGGGGAGAUGAGAUGA